AUGCUCAGCACCACAGCCCUCAUCACCGGCCUCCUGGCCGCCCUCACGCAAGCCUCGCCCGUGCUCCAGCGUCGUGAUGGCGCCGUCGGUGGUGUCCUCAUUUGCAGCGAUCCCAACGGCCAAGGCGUCUGCCAGUACAACGUGUACGAGCUAGAGAAGUGCUACAACCUGCCGCAGGGGCUGGUCAACAACGCGGCCACGUUUGCGCCGGAUGAUGCGCCGUUUUAUUGCUACCCGUACCUCACGGAAUGCGGCGGGAUCUGCACAUCCCCCACGGGCUGCACGUUUGGCGCUGUCUCGUAUGACUACGAGAAUAAGUACAACUUGACUAAGAUUGGGUGGAACGAGUACAUUACCUCGUUUGAGUGCCAUCUCAAUCAGACGCAGACAGCGUCUCCAUAG